AUGGCGGAACUGUCCUGUGAGCUUUGGUGGUCUGGAGGUUGGGUAUAUCCUACAGGAUCAUGUCCCGACAGCAGAUACGCCCGAGCAAACGGUCACAUAAAGGCAGAAAUUGACCCAGUGAAGGCACCAGAGACGGCUGAAAAUAUCAGGGAGUAUACUGGCAGAGACCAUCUAGUUAGCAAGAGGCAGGUUGGCCAUUUGCCUGGAGGGCAAGAUAUAGCUAUAGACGAGGAACCGCCAGCGCGCUUUAGAAAGAAUGGAUAUCCAUUCACCACCCGAAAGACGUCAAAAAGGGUGGGAGGCCUUGAGGCUCGCUGCGGGCCUAAACGACCUCUCGUCGCUAAAACCUCGACAGGGACAAAAGAAGAGCGGGGAUGA